GCAUUUUUGUACCUACAGGGAGAGCGAGCGAACCGAAUCUGCUUUGUUGUUAGCGUCGAUGCUGUGACUUUCUGCCAAUUAUACGCUAUUUGCAAGAUCGCGCUGGCAAUUUUCACGGUGCUUAGCGGACAUAAAACGCUGUAGGCUUCGUUUAAGUUAAAAAUUAGUGCUGUUUUAGCCGCUUGGACGCUCCAGACGAUAGAAGUCGGUACCUCUCUGGUCUCUUGUAUAUAAACAAAACGCUUCAUGCUGCUGUUUUUAAGGUGGCYCGUCUAAAACAGCUGCGAAGCUCGUCGAUGCCAGCUUGUUAAGUUAGCUAACUUCGUGUCGCUCGCUUUGUCAGCGAUGGAAAUAGUCGUGCAACAGUGUUAGGAGUUAAACUACUCCAUAGUCUUCGUGUGAACAUGAGAGAAGAGGACAGUUUGCUGCUGGGAAGCCAGUCCAUGGCKAGUGAAAGAGGGGGUGAAAGUCCCUGCAGCUGCCCCCACUUGACGGAGGAGAAAGGACUUGGCGACAAGAAGGGUGACCUGAGGCCUCCUUGUCAUUUCUUCAGGUCUUCAUAGGAGAAAAGCAGACUUUUUUUUCUUCUUUUGACAAUGGAGACGGUGGGGAAAUUUGAGUUUAGUCGGAAGGACCUGAUAGGACAUGGCGCAUUUGCUGUCGUGUUUAAAGGAAGGAACAAAGAGAAACCUGACUGGGAGGUGGCAGUAAAAUGCAUAAACAAGAAGAACUUGGCCAAAUCUCAGACUCUUCUGGGUAAAGAGAUKAAAAUACUGAAGGAACUCAAACAUGAGAACAUCGUUGCUUUACUGGACUUUCAGGAAACUGCCAGCUCGGUGUACCUGGUCAUGGAGUAUUGCAAUGGAGGUGAUCUUGCUGACUACUUACACUCCAAAGGGACACUGAGUGAGGACACCAUUCGAGUGUUCCUGCAGCAGAUCGCAGGGGCCAUGAGGGUCCUACAGACCAAAGGAAUAAUCCAUCGGGACCUCAAACCCCAAAACAUUCUGCUCUCCUACCCACCAGGACGCAAAUCUCACUCCAACAACACCUGCAUCAAGAUCGCGGACUUUGGCUUUGCCAGGUAUCUUCAGAACAACAUGAUGGCAGCUACUCUCUGCGGCUCCCCCAUGUACAUGGCUCCUGAAGUAAUCAUGUCCCAGAACUAUGAUGCCAAGGCUGACUUAUGGAGUAUAGGAACUAUAGUGUUUCAGUGUCUGACUGGGAAAGCUCCUUUUCAGGCCAGCAGUCCUCAGGACCUCCGGCUGUUUUAUGAGAAAAACAAGAAUCUCAGCCCCAARAUCCCCAGAGAAACUUCAAACCACCUGAGGCAACUGCUGCUGGGUCUGCUGCAGCGCAACCCAAAGGACCGGAUGGAGUUUGAUGAAUUUUUUUMUCAUCUAUUCCUGGAUGCCAGCUCUUCUAUUAAAAAAACUACCCCCACAGUGACCAUGACCUGUUUGCCCAGCUCUGCAUCAGCCAGCUCCUGCAGCAGCUCGUCGACCUCUCACCUCGCCUCACCGCCGCAGUCUCUUGCUGAGACCCAGCUACCGCGGGCCAAAGUUCCAGCCUCCCUGACCCAGGAGACCACCGGUUUACUCCUCAAGGACUCAUCUGGAGCCGGCGGCAGCAGCAAGAACUCCUCCUCUUGUGACACGGAUGAUUUUGUUAUGGUGCCUGCUCAUUUUAUGAGUGAGCUGACGUGUGAGAGUAAAGUGCUGCAGGACAGCCUGAUGAACAGCGGCUCUCUUCUGGCUUCUUCUGGUAACCAAGUCAAAACGCCACCACACUCUCCUUCCUGCAGCGGGUCUCCAAGUUUUGUCAGGCCCYUGGAGUUCUUGGGAAGUAACUACAGGAACCAUGGACAGUCAUUGCCCAUCCCAGUGCCAUCUCAGGUCCAGAACUAUCAACGCAUGGAGCAGAACCUGCAGUCAACCAAACAGGAUGGCUCACCWAGGCUGUCGACACCAGUYCGCCGUUGCAGCAGUGGGAGCUUGCCUGGCUUUAGACCCGGACCCUCACCCCCCAGGCAGGUAGCUGUUCCAGCCUCCCGCAGGCUCUCCCUGGGGGUUACCAGAACGUUCCAGCUCUCUCCUCAAGUUGUGCAGCACGCUGACACCAGGCCCACAUCUCAGCAGCACCCGCAGYUGGCAGGUCUCGGCUCCCGGCUCCACAGUGCCCCCUGUCUGUUGGAGUGUGGGAGCGGUGGRGGCAGGCAGAAAAUCAAGAAGCAGCACUCGGACCCCGUAACUGUCCCCUCAGCAGGGCUGAUGACUGUCCGUCCCUUACACUCUUCCCCCAGACUUAGUGAGCUGAUGCAGCGUAACCCCCUUCCUACCAUCCUGGGCUCCCCCUCUAGAGCCAUACCUCCAUUUGAAUUCCCUAAACCCCCAAGUUCUCCGAACCUUGUGAACUACCUGACUCAGAAGGGUAUGGUCAUCGGCUCUCCUUGCAGCAGGACUGCCCCAGGAGAGCUCAGAGACUUUGGGCAACAAGCCAUGAACACUGCRCACUGCAUGCAUCGACUGAGUGAGGAUGGCGGGAGCUUUGGAAGYUCGCAGAGUGCUGGUCGUCUGUCUGACAUGCUGCUAAUGGCAGCAUUUGGAGCAGGGGGACACGCAGGAGAGCGAGGCAGCACGGAGAACCUGACCUCUGAAAAAGCCAUAGAUAUAACAGGUGCCUCUAGUGAUUGUGGAGGUUUUGCACCUGGGUCUUGCAGUCCAGCUCAGGUGGUCUUCACUGUUGGCUCCCCACCAAGUGGCAGCACCCCACCUCAUUGCUCCAGACAGAGGAAAUACUCGGGCUCCUUCCAUUCAGGCAGCCCUGCAGGCUCCUUAACCGGUCGCUACCCUCAGGCUGGCACCUAUAUGGAAGGCUUUGAGACUCCACCCAGUCCUCGGUACAGCUUCUCUGAUCCCAUCACAGCCAACAUGGGGGGUCCUGUGACCUUUGAGGCUCCUGAGCUGCCUGAGGAGACGCUCAUGGAGCAGGAACACACAGAGACGGUGCAGAGUCUGCGCUUCACUUUAGAUUUUACCUACUGUCUCAUGGAGGUGGCGGGGGCCCGUGGUGCUGUGGUGGCAGGACGACAGGGAGACGUGUCUCACCUCUUUCUCCUUCAGCAGCAGAGCCUGGUAGCAGAUCAGAUCAGCUCUCUGAGCCGAGAGUGGAGUCACGCCGAACAGCUGGUGCUCUACCUUAAAACUGCAGAGCUCUUGUCUUCUGCCUUACACACAGCCAUGGAGAGAGUUAAACAGGGCAAACUCUACCCCUCUGCUACUGUGAAACAAGUUGUGAGAAGGCUGAAUGAGUUGUACAAGUCCAGCGUGGCAUCCUGCCGCUCGCUCAGCACACGUCUGGAGCAUUUCUUCAGCAGGAAGCACCGUCUAAUGGACCAAAUCACCUCCAUCACCGCUGAGCGGCUGCUCUUCAGCCACACUGUGCAAAUGGUUCAGGCUGCUGCGUUGGAUGAGAUGUUCCACCAGGGGGAAGCAUCAAUCCUGCGCUACCACAAAGCUCUGCUGCUGAUGGAGGGCCUGUCUCUGCUCCUCACUGAGCAGGAGGACAUCCUCAGUGUUAGCAAAUGUAAGGAGUGCAUCGAACGCCGCCUCACAGCUCUGCAGUCAGGCCUCUGUGUUUGAGAGUCCCCACACCAUAUGAUGUCAUCCAUUUACACCUAAACAGGACUCCUCCCACAUUUCAUGGUUUCACAAAGAAAGGCUUUCGUUUUCGCAAGAAAACCACAAGGCUCAAGUUUACACAGAAACCUGAGGGUUAGACUUGUGAACAUUUUUUAGGUUCUUCAGCAGUGAACUGCAGCGGAAACUUCCCGAUUACUGCAGUUGGCCCAGAGCUGGACACGAAGAUGACUUUACUGAUGGCUCUGAAAAUGACAAGUAGCCCAUUCCCACGCCGAUGCUAUAGGCCCAACACAAACAGGAGCAGUUAUUGCCAAGUGGUCACAUUCCUUCACAUGUUCAUUGUCUUUAAGGUCGACUAAUAUUCUACAAGCAAUUUACUCACAGUUUCAUCUCUUACAAAAACGCAAGCUGGAAGAAAAGUGUGGUAUUUGCUGCACGUGUAGUAAUAUUAGCUGUUAAGGACUGGCCGUGUCCAAAUAUUCCCACUUUUGUGUAUUUUAUGUGUUUUCAUUGUUURAUUURAUUGUUAAGUUUCUCUCACUGUAACCGUGCUGGUUUUAUGAGARAAAAGACAGAAACUUGACGGAUGCUAUACUUAUCAAAGGCCUUGACCUAUCGACACUAUGUGGUUUAGAAGGAAAAAGUUUAAUUAGAUUUUUAUUGCUUAUCUAUUUUUAAAUGGUCUUGAGCAGGAAGAGGGGUCCUGUUAACACUCAAAACACCCAAAGCAACUUAAAACCUGUUCUGUAGCUAUUGUGUCAAAAAAAAAGACUGAAAAUCAUUCGUCAGCGUCUUUCGCCUUUUUAAAGAAACUAACAAAAAAAAUGCUGCAAAAACCUGGGAUGUGUUCAUCUGGCACACAGACGCUUCCAGACUGCUGGUAAUUUCUUCAAAUGAUUCCAUAUUUUGUAUUUUCUCUGUCAGAUCAUGUCAGUGUUUAGCGGGUAUAAUCAAAUCUGAAUGUAAAGCUGUCAGACGAGAAGCAGCAACGAUGGGCUGAAUGUUYCGUGACUUAACAUUUAGGCAGAGCUUAUAGGGCUGAAUGAUUUUGCACUGUCCGAGUACUGUAUAGAAAGAGGAACAUGAUAAAAGUCAUCCAGUUUUUGUAGCCGUGCUCAUUUAAUAACUUCUGCUUGCUCGUUUUAGCACCGUUUUAGUUGUUACAGAUCCUGUCAAAUAUGCUUGAUGGAAGAGUGUUGAAGGAGRGGGAAUAAGCUAUGAUAUCUUCAAUAGUUCCUAAAAAAGAAGAAAUAGGAUGAGAAACGUGUAUUUACACUGAAGAAUAUAUAUAUUUGCAGUGUUUGUUUGUGCUUUAUUUCAGAUUUGAUAUUGGGCAGGGCUUUAAAAGGCUUCUUGUCGGUUUGGAUUGCGAGUUUUAAUUUUUUUUAUUCUGCUUAAAACAAUUUUUUGUAUCGAUGUUUACCAUCCCAGAAAAAAAUUCUUAAAAGUUUUUGGGGUCAACUGGACAUGUUAUCUUCUGCAGUGKGUUGUUUUUGAAGAGAUGGUUGCGUGUUCGCAUGCAUGUGUGCAGUGGUGUUUGCUGUGUUAAUGGGUGMUGGGGUGAGUUAAGCACAUAUUUUGUCACAGGUCUGUGUAUGAAGAUGACUCGAGUGAGAUACAGAAGCUUUUUCUUCCAAUCUAACACUGAUUUACCCCAAAACUCAUUCCUUCAGCUUUUUAAAAAAAACGUAAAAUAAGUGAAUAUUUUCUGAUAAAAUUUUGAGUUUUUUUUUUUUCGAAAAAGGGGCGGGGUUUAAAAGUGAAGCCCUUUUACAAUAGCAUGAGCAGCAGGACAGCCUUGAAAGAGAACUUGUGUAUUUUUACUUUGUUGCCUUUUACGUUUUGUCUGAAAAUUUGCUCCAUGUGUGUUUAUGUGUACAUUCCUUCUUGUAGCUCAUCCACAAGAUCUCCAUCUUUACACUUGUUUUGUUCAGCGAGACCGUCUCCAAAGAAGCAGGUGUCAGGAAAACUGAUGCAUGGGUCACUUUUUGUUUAAUUGUUCCACACAAUCAUUGCUGUUUGACAUCAUUGGAAAGAACCUAAAGAACCAUUAUGUAACCAAAUGUGUUUGACACAUCAAAAUGGUUUCACUUGGGGUCUGAAUUCUUCUUUUUGUAUAUUUUAUAACUUACUAGAAUUUUUCCAUUUCCAUUUGCCUAAUUCUGUGUGGUUUUAUUGUAAGUUAAGUUAUUGUGUGCUCGGAGAGAUACCACCUGUACUUUCCAAAGACUCUGCUUUCGGCUCGAUCUUCCACGUUCUACUGUCGCAGAAUCAAUUUUCAUAUCCCUAACAGAUCCCACUCAAUAUUCCUGUGUGUUGAUGUAACUUUUUACUCCUUUGGGAGCUCCAUUAUGAAUAAAGUGGAAGGAAAGGUCACAUGGCUACAACA